AUGAUGCUGGCCUUCCUCUGCAUCUACUUACACUUCGCUGGCAACGACGCAACGAAGCGGCGCAAAGACCAGCCGAGACACUCGACCAUAGGCACAUACGUGAUCCAGGACAUGCAAGAGACCUCCCACCUGCGCAUGCCCGACAUAAACAAGACGUUAAAGUCGGUGGAUGAGUACCAGGAGAAGUGCAAGAAGAGGUGGGACGACUUCGAGAAGCUCAAGGUCAACGACAAGUUCAGGAGCUCCUACGCUGGCCGAAGACAACGUUCGACAGGGCCUAGAUCACGGUGCUGUCCGGAAGACGAUGAAGGUUACUACGCAGGCGAGAAUGGGAACUACAACUCGAUCGAGAUCAUCUCCAAGCCCGAGGAGGCGAACGAGGACAUGAUAACGGACUUGAUCAAGUGCAUGAAGCUGCCACAACUCGUCCUUGGCGUGAUCCAGCUCGGUCAGGUUAGACGUGAACUUCACACUCGAUUGAACAAGACCAACGACAACAACGACGACAACCACCACGAUGCAGGACGCAGAGCUGCCAGCGUGAAACCCGCGCCGUUGACGACCUUUUGCAAAUCUUCAGACUUCACCGGAUCUGUCAACUCGACCGAGCCUUCGACACCAUUGCCUCGCUGGCACCUCGAAUCACCGCAUCAAGCCUUGACAGGCCCGAUCACAUCGCCCUACAGUCGUGCUGUUGGCCCCGAAAGCUCGGUAUGCUGUGAACGCUCGCAAUCUACCACCCACAACGCCUACGCCUGGCGCCGAAUGACCGACCAACGCCGCAGAGCUGUCGGUCCACCACACUACGAAUCACGCACCAGCGCCAUUGAGCAAAAGAUGGGACGAACGCGGGAAACAUGCCAUGGCAGAGCACACUGCGAUAUGGAAUAUCGAAGCACCCUCGCGGGUACCAUAAGAGACAGUAGUCAAAGCGGAUGCGCAAAGACGAAUGUCCACCUCAUGCACCAGUCGCGGGCAGUAGUGAAACUGUCACCUCAUCUCGCCGCUUGGACCAUGCCACCCCGCCUCUGUUACAUCUGAGCACCUCCACCGUCCUCAUCAGCUUGGUACGUUCACUGCUGCCUCGCAGGGGCGCUCUGAAAGGCUGGCUCACCAACUACCGACUACCGCAUGCCGCACAUGUUCGCUCUCACCGGCGCCCUCCAGCAAGAUAUGGACGGAACGCUGGACACACACCUACCAUGGCC